GUCUACUACCUGGACUGGACCUACGUUCGACCAAACACGGAAUGGUGCAAGCAAAUCAAAGAUACGGCCAAAAGUGUAAAAUAAUUUAAGCAACAUUUUACUUGUACAUACCCAUAAGGAGGCAGGCAGCCAGGCAGAUCGAUGACCUAUCCUUCGAAUCAAAAUCGCCAUAACACAUCGCGUCUCUAUUGAGGGUCUCGCCUGCAGACCCAAAGGUUGGAGUGUGGUACCGCUUUUUGGAGGAUAAAAUUCUGGACAAUACGAAGAGCUAGAGAGCUGGCACAUAGGAACACGAGGAAUGGGGAGCGCCUAAAUUUUCCGACGUGCACCAGAUGACGAAGGAUGGAAUGAUGAUGUGGUACUAAGAUUUAAUUAAUUUACAAACCAAAAAAGAAAACAAAAACCAAAAAUCUCUUUAGGCACAUUAUUAGCGAAAAAAAAACUCAUGUUCAGCGGUUGUUGGUUAGCUGCGAGCAGAUUACGGCGAUGAAGAAGCUGCUGCUGCUGCUGCCGUAGGCCGCCCCACUACACGUUAGCGAAUAUGCAAGCAAACCAAAAAUGCGUUUCAUUUCAUAUGCACGUUCAUUGUUCAAACAUAACUAGUUAAAAGACGAAAGACGGCGCGGGAAGGAUACUUUAAGCAAUCGCUAGAUCCGUGUGAACCGAGAAACUUGUCAGAUGCCAAGAAGGUUCACUGUUGUAAGUGGUAACCUCGACCUCGACCUCGAUCGGUCGUGGUCGCGUGGUGGUGGGAAGGAAGGAAGAAGGCAGUGGCCAUACCAUACCAAUGCCGGUGCCGGUUCUUUUGCGUUGAGUAGCUAAUUGAUUAGCUAAAUUGUAAAUGCACACGUUGACAGAGGACAUACCAGAGUUAGAUUAGUUCCACGAUUCACGCAGGUCUCCCUCGCCCCCGUAGUCAGAGCACCCCUGUACGGUUAGCGUUAGUUACAUUAUGUAUCCCGUAAGCGUGUAUAAAGAAUGGAACGGAACGGCGCACGUUGAGCUCGGGCUCAGAUGAGAUAGCAGCGAUAGAGAGCGAGCGCGAAGAGGGGCUUAGCUAAAUUGUGCGGCGAUUGUUUGUUUCGUGUGGCUUUGCGACAGACGUUCUACAUCGUUUUUAUUGUUUUUAUCUUUAGAAAAUGCAUGGUGCAUAUCACGCCACUGCGGGUGAUGAUUGUUAGCUUUUGCGUUUGGGCGUUUUGAAUGGAAGACAGUGCUGCGAAAAGCAGCCUCUGCGUGCCACAGAGCAUGAAUCGUAGUAAGAUUACUUUGCGCGUGUCGUGUCUUCGGCUUUCGCUAGUUGAAUUGUAGUUCUUAUACCCUGAAACCGUUGUGCAAUGAACGAGCUUAGUUUUGUGGGAUACUUUAAUGUUUUUUGUUACAAUCGGCACACACACACACACACACGUGUGUUAUCAAAUCGUUAGCCAGAUGAUGGGAUUUUUGGGCCAAAGUGUGUCUCGAAUGAAUAUUGCGUUUUAUCGUGGCGCGCCGUUGAUCAAGAGCAACAUAGUUUAAUCGGGCAAUUUAUUGGUAGUCAACGUAGUAGACACUGGAGGGAGUGGAGAUCACACAGGACAAACCGUACGCUGUUUUGCCAGAGGGCCAGACAGUGACGACCGAAAAACCAAACGUUUUGUUUGUGAGAGGUUUAUUGUGAGGAAAAUGCGCAGGUACCGGUGCGAAUUCUUCCAUUUUUGACUCCUUCUUUCAUCCCCAUACACGAGUUUAUCAUCCAUAUCGAGGCAACUACCUAAGCGAAAACCGGAAGCUACAAAAUGAACGAGCAGCAAUAAGUAAGCAGGCCACGAUUUGAAGGAGUUUGCUGGUUGGUGACAAACUUUAGCCAGAGAAAGAGAGUGUGGAAGAUGGGAAAAGAAGGGAAUAGAGAAAAGGGAAGGGUAAGGGUAACAUAGUAAAGAAUACGCAUCUUCUUCUCGCAAAAUCUUACAAUUCCCUUGAGCUCCAUCUAGCAUGUGGGUGGGUCCUUCCAUCUAGCAUGUGGGCGUUCCAGCAACCAUUCAUCGUAUUCAACACACUAUAGCUUGUACAUUACAAACUCCAUCUAUCUCGUGACAGUGCGGACAGGGGAGCAACAAUCAUCUAUACACCCACUGGGGGUGUGCAAACCGAUUUCCGAAAAUUUGUCCGAAAUCGAGUCCGAACUGCAACCACAUCUACUACAUAUGCAAACAUUUUUCUCCCAAUCCUCAUAAGCAAACAAACAAAAGAAAAACCAAAAGGAAUGGAAAACAAACAAUCAGGUUCAUGUUCACAACUAUUAGCAUACUCUCCGUUCGAAUUCACAUUCCAAAGGAAUCAUCUAGAUUAGUAGGAUUUACUGUCGAAGGACUCGAGGGCACGAGCGAGAAGGGGCUUAGAACACUAAACACUGUAUAAGGGUGGUCCGGGCUGGCCAAAGGUGGAAAUGUUGAUCCAUUGCGUGUGCAAGAGAGCGCGUGUGUGUGUGUGUGUAAGGAACGCUUGUGAGGCAGAGAGAUAGAGAGGUUGGUCGGCAGAAAGGGUCGUGCGAGUGCGGUGAAAUAAUUUUAUAUAAUGUCUUCCAUAUAGUAUUGUAAUGUAACGGAGUAUAGUAAUUGAAAUGGUUAAAAACUAUAAUGUGCACCACGCGGCGUGUGCGUCUAACACACAAACCGCCGCCAAUCCCCCCCCUCUAGUGUGAUCGUGAAGUUGCGUAGGUGGUGGUGGUGGUGAUGGUGGUAUCUAUUUGUUUUACUUUUUUCCUUCCCUGCUCUCCCCUUGGGGAGCUACGACGGUACAAGAGGAGAAUCUACUGAGGAAAAAGGAGCAACUCUAGCUAGCUAUUAAGGUAUCUCAAAUAUUUUAAACGGAAAAGAACCCUUUGGUGGACACCUGUCACUCUGUCUGUACGCUGUAUUUAGGAGGUUAUGCACUCAAAAGUAAGAAAAGAAAUCAAAAGGACGAUCGAUUUAAAGACGUGUGUGGGCAUGGUAAUGCUACUAUUACUGUGGUUUACGCUGGUUAGUUUCGUCACUGUUGCUUCCUGUUUCCCGCUCUCUCUCUAUCAGUAAACAUCCAGGUCGAUUCCGUUCAAAUCCAGGUCGAGGUCGAGGCUUCAAUUUCAAUUACCGUACGGUGCGCGCCUCCCAAGACGUGCAUGCCUUUUUUGACUGAUGGUUUACUGCUGUUCAGCUGCACCACAUACCAGCUGCACACACACACACACACAAACACAUACAAAGUAGCGGGCCAGGGUUUUUCUUUAGUUGAACCGAAGCCUUUUCGUUCGUCUCGGGUUUUAUUUCAGACGGUCAGGUUACUAGAUUGGUUUGUGAAUAAUGCGUAAUAAAGGUUAGGGAGCACAUGGCAGAGCUGCUCUUGGUGUGAAGCGAACGAAUUCGAAAAAGGCAUGACUAGGCAGGCUAAGUAGCACUUCCGGUCCGUGCACACAGACACGCGGAAUUCAGUGGUGAUUGUAAAACGCGUAGCAAACCAUCAGGUGGCGGUUAGCCACCUUCUCCACCAUCCCCCAUGAAAAGAGGUCAGUGGAAUCUCAAAAACUACGUGAAAAAAAUAAUUAGAUAGUUCGAUAUUGUAAUUGCACUUCAAAUAAACAAAAAAAACAAAAGAAAGAACCCCGAACAUAAAAUAUACGAGGAAGGACGGAAAGCAAAGAAGCAGAACAAACCAUCAAAACCACCAUACAGCUCGUAGGGCGAGACGGUGGGCGCAGAUUGGAAACCAUAAGAAAAAAUCUCAACAUAAAUAGCAGAACAGAACAAAACUGACAAAGGCAACAAAUACUUACAUACCUGGAUCAAAUGUUUACCUUGACGAACGCGAUGAUGAAACAAUGACUAAAAGACUCUUUAUGUAUCCUUCCCCCUUGGCUCUUCUCCCUUGACCCGUUGGGAAAGAUGUUGCAAUGGUCGCAGCAGUGGCAUAGGAGACGUCCCCAAAAUAUCUCUUGCAUCUGUACAUAGCGCCGCCGGUAGUGGGAACAGAACUGAUCCCUUGGGAAACGAUGCUGGGAAUCGUCAUAGGAUGCUAGAUGUCCAGGGUGUUUUUGCAGAUACUUUGCAGAUAAAUACGAAUGCAACGGGCUAGUAAUGGGUUGAUAAUAGUCAUAAAAAAGGUGAAUUUAAUGUAGCUCUUCCACUAAGUUAGCCAUCAACAGGUCAUUCGCUUCGGUUUUUGGUUCGGUGACUGUCGAGCACCGUUUUGAUGCUCCGCGGAUGUCUCCUAUGAACGUACGGUUGUGUCGCAUUAAGAUGGAGCUAGUUAGAGAAACACGCACAAAGAACAAAGCAAACACCGAUUGUUUCGUAGAGCGAUAGCAGUUGUGUUCCUCUGAUGCACUCGUGCACUUGCGUUACUUUGCUAAGUAGGCGCACUCUUUCAGUUGGCCGUGCACAACGACUGCUUGGAUUCAACCACUCAACCCAUAUCAGGCAGGACCACCAGCUUCGCACUGGUAACGGUCCCAUCUGGUCGCAAUAUUUCAGGGGCCCUUUUUUCGGGCAUUUAAAAAGGGUCGAUAACUUAAGCAAUGGAAAUGUGAGACGGAAAGUAUACAUUCAAAUAUCACUUUAUUAACAUAUCCCCUUUUACGAUUGGUUUCGUUGCGUUCCGAACCCAAAAUUUCUCUUUUGGACACAUAUCGAAAUUAAGGAUAAUAGCGAACAGCGAACCGUUCCUGAGCAAACGGCCCUUGAGAGAGUUAUCUCUCGUUUCACACUGUUCAAUCCCAUUGCCAUAUUGCCAACAGAUGUGCAUCUAUUCACCGCGAUUAAAGCGUACAAGACAUAAGAUAAAACACUAUCAGAAUGAGACGGAGGAAGGAUGUUAGAAAAGCAACCACCAAACAACACCCAAACGAACAUUAAAUAUUAGCAAAAAGAGAGCAAAAAACACGAUACAAACAUGAACUACAUACUCAUGAUGAAAACCACUACAGUUGAGGGCCUACAGGAACCGGGCGGUCACAAAGUCACACCAUCAGCAGCCACUACACAUCAUCCAUUAAACAGCAGAAGCUACGACAUGGGAAACUUCUGUGGCAUAGAGUUACUACUCUGUUACUAGCAGAUGUAGCGAGGGUACCACUCCAUCAUGGAACUAGGAAGCGGGCGGCUAGAUCGGGGCCCGGCGUCAAAACGGCCGGUAGCAACGAGUGGGUCGAAGCCAUUUUGAGUGUAAAAUAUAUUUAAAAACAAAACAUUCCACUGAAAACACGAACCACGAGCCGAUUCCGGGUGCCAGAGGGGAUAGGAAGAGAAGCAUGAUGGGAAGAGGUCAGCAGAACCGGAGCCAUGUUGUAGUGACCCAUGACUUUCGGGAAUUCUUCUCCACGAGUAACGCGCCGGCCGGCUCGCGUUCCGGAUACUUUAUGAGGCGAUCCAAUGGAUAAGGGCAAAGAGGCGAGGCAGAAACGCGAGAGGAAAACACUAACUACUAAUAAUAAAGUCGUAUGAAAAGUGAA